CGCCUCCCAGAUCUUCCACCAGUAAGUAUCUACUACCCGGACGAAAUCUUCAACACCCAUGCGGAAGAAUGCGUGACCGGCGUCCGAUAAAAGGUCACUGAAACGCUCCUCUUGCCCCUUUCGAACACUCGGCCCGCAAGCGAGCGCAUUCCCAUCGGGGAUUGCGUGGUGCACUGGCUCAGGGACGACCUGCGCUUAGCGGAUAAUGCCGCUCCCUCACUAGCAUCUCGGGUUGUGCAGGCAGCAGCAGGAGGGAUUGGGCUGGUAGGGUUGUACAUGCUCCCGCCGCAAUAUUUAGAGGCGCAUGUGGUGUCGCAGGCCAAGCCGGAUUUUGCGUUGCGGAGCUCAAGGAUUCUGAAGGAGGGUUUGGAGGGCAAGCUUGGAGUGCCGUUGUGGAUUGAUGCUCCGAAGGGCGGGGUUGUUGAGAGGGAGCUAGUGACGAAGCAACAAAAGUGCAAAGGAACCCCCUUUGAACCCUUAUUCCUUGGUUCAAAGCCUGGAUCGAGAAUAUCCACUCUCGCCCAUCCGGCAUGCAUUCCGCCCCUGGCACGCUGUCCUCUAGGCAGGCAGCGAACGCUGGGUGCGAACCCCAUCAAGAGGUUGGGUCGGAGGAGUAAGAGGAUUCAGACUUGGAUAUCAGAGAUUGCCCAAAAAGACUUUCACAAGAACGUUCUCGUGAACUGGCCAUUCGUCUGCACGAACAAAACCUCCAAACUCCCCCACUCCCCCACUCCCCAGUACUCAACCUCGCUCGCAGAAUCCUACUUCUACGCCGGCCACACCGGUGACCCAAUAAUCGACGCCGCCAUCCGCCAACUCCAAAAGACCAAAUACAUACGCAACCGCGCACGCACGGUCUGCGUCGGGACGGGCGUCGACCCGCAGCCGUACUUUCGCUUGUUCAACCCGGUGAAGAGCUUGCAGUUUUAUCCCCACAGCGAGCACAUUCGCACUUGGGUGGGGAAGUUGAAGGAAGUGCACGCGCCUCCCAAAGUGCUCGAUGAAGAGGGGGCCAAGAAGCCCCUGGUCGACCACGAAGUUUCCCAGGAGGAGGAGGCUUCUGCGGGUUUAUAA